UCAAGCAAUCUACCCUGCACAAGCCAUCCAGUCUAUCUUUAGCCGCAGUGAGCAAGUGAAUGGAAGGGCCUGACUUAUCUUCACUGCUGUCAUCGAGGCUGCCGGUAUUUUUAGGGGACAGCAGCAGCUGCAAAAGCAUUUAACGGUCUUCCAUGAACAAUGACACUCGGGGUGUCUCAGGACUGAACGCCACAGAGAUUGUGGGACCGUUGGUCGAGAAGCCUACGCAAAGGGGGCUGACGGGCCAAACGAGGAACGCUUUGCCAGACCCAGGAAGCGAACGAGACACGGGCAGAGUGGGGCCUGACAAGAUGGACAUACAAAGUACCGGACACUGAUAAGGAGGAGCCUCUUCUUUGCACAAGCACAUUCACUGCCAAAGAAAAAAAAAGGGGAUUAUAAAUUGGUGGCCAAGGCAAUAUCAUACGGAGGAGAGACUCAACUCAAGCCUGGGAAUAAGAGAGGUGGUGUGUGUGUGGCUGUAGGUGAGGACGAGUGGCUCGGGGAUGUGUGUUGACAGUCAGCCCUGAGGACUGAGGAGAUAUCUAUUCAACCCACAGGUAGACGGCUGAGCCGAUUGUGCGACACAGAGAGCUGCAUGCCAGUGGGGGUGAGCUAAGGAGCAGAGAUGGACGUGUUCGGAGGUGCGCCCCGCUUUCUGGCCUACCCUCGCCCUGUGGUGGUGCAAACAGGCACAGACGGUGUCCUGAAGUGCCAGAUUGGUGGGGACCCUCGGCCAGCGGUCAUAUGGGAGAGAAACAAUGAGCAGAUCCACGCAGAGGGACGUUACCGUGUGUUUGAGGAUGGCAAUGUGUACAACCUCAUUAUUACUGGAGUAAACUCAGAGGACAGUGGGCAGUACAUAUGCAAGGCCAAGAACUGCAUUGGGGAAACGUAUGCAGCGGCGACUCUGAAAGUGGAGGGAGAGGCUCAGGAGUUGGAACUGAGGGAAGAGAACAAGCCUCGUUUCCUCAUCAAGCCACUUUCCACACGUGUCGCCAGGGGUGAGGACGCAGUGUUUUCUUGCAAGCUGUGGGGCAACCCCCGUCCUGAGGUCGUCUGGGAGAAAGACGGCAGGAAGCUGAACGAGAUCUUCGAGAGCACCCAUUUCAGCGUAGGGUACCAAGAAGGGGGAUGGUUUCAGCUUAAGAUCUUUAAAACCCGGGCGCCUGACGGAGGUGUGUACACGUGCAAGGCCAGGAAUGAGUUUGGGGAGGGUCUGGCCGGAGCUGUGCUGCUGGUGGACGCUGGCCCGGGCCACGACGAUGAUGGAAACAGAAAUGGUUACACAAACGGACACUGGAAGGGCCAUCAGGGAAAACAGAGGAGUGGGAGGCAGGUCACGUCACGUCUAAAGGACGACCCUCUGCCAAACUCGACCAAAGUAAAAAUGUUUGCAGUGACUGAGGGAAAACAUGCUAAGUUUCGUUGUUAUGUGACAGGGAAACCUAAACCUGAAAUAAUAUGGAGAAAAGAUGGCAGACUUAUCUUGUCUGGACGUCGCUAUCUACUAUACGAAGACAGAGAGGGCUACUUCACUCUGAAAGUACUCUACUGUAAACAACAAGACAAUGGAGUAUAUGUGUGUGCUGCAUCAAACUCUGCAGGACAAACUCUUAGCGCUGUACAUCUAUCUGUGAAAGAGCCACCUGUGAGGUUCAAGCAGCCGCUCUGUGAUCUGCAAGUCUGGGAGCGAGACCUGGCCAUUCUCGAGUGUGAGGUGCCAGAGGACUCUGUUCCUAUCACAUGGUACCUGGAGGACAGGAGGCUACAGCCAGGAGCCAAAUAUGGGAUGGAGGAGUGGGGGACAAAGCGCAGGCUCACAAUCCGUGACAUCGGGGUCGAUGACGACGGCAUCUAUCUCUGUGAAAUGCCAGACGGUGGGAGAAGCAUUGCUGAAGUAGCUGUCAAAGGUACAAUUGUCAGAAAACUUCCCAGAAAAGUGGAUGUUCUAGAGGGAGAAAAUGCCGCCUUCUGUGUGGAGGUGGAGGAGGAAGAGAUGGACAUCCACUGGUAUAAGGACGGGGUAGAGCUGAGGGAAACUCAUCAAACCAUUCUGAAGUCUUUCGGCAGAACUCAUAUUUUGGUAUUUGUCAAUACCACACCACAAGAUUCUGGUCUAGUGAUAUUUUACGUGGGCAGAUCAAAGACUUCAUCUCAGCUACGGGUGAAAGCGGUGAGGCACUGCCCCCCUAGUUGUCCAGUGGGGGUACAGAUAAACACAGAGCGUGCGAACGCAGCACUCCUCUCCUGGGUUCCCGCCCCCGACUCUCGGAAGAACCCCCCCUCGGGAUACGUUCUGGAGAGACAGGAGGUAGGCUCCCAGGAGUGGCUACAGUGUCUAACCACUGACUCAGCCACUUCAGUGGAGAUCCUGGGCGAUAGCGUGCCAUGCGAGGCAGACUACCGAUUCCGCAUAUGCAGCGUCAACAAGUAUGGGAGGAGUGGCAACGUUGAGUUCCCUCGCGCUGUUCAUCUGGUUCCCGUGGCAAGAAUACAAGCACCACUUCAGGACGCUCUAGUUCCAGAGGGCCAGGAUGCCUGCUUCACUAUUGAGCUGUCUGCCUCUGUCAUUGGCACAUGGUUCUUAAAUGGUACCCAACUGCAGGAGGAUGAUCGAUUCUCCAUGCGGCGCACACGUACCCAUCAGACCCUGCGGAUACGUGGGGUACGAGACAUGGAUAAUGGCGCUGAAAUCACAUUCAUUGCCUAUGGAAUUAGAGAUUCAGCUGCGCUCUAUAUCCAAGCUCCACUUGUAAAAUUUACAACCCUGUCAGAGAUGGACAGAAACAAGUUUGUUGAAGUAGGAAACCCAAUAGUGCUCUAUUGCGAGUUGUCCGACCCUGAGGCCCCAGUCCACUGGUACAAGAAUGGUGUCGAAUUGCAUUCAGGCGAGGGUCUCGCCAUCCAAUCAGAAGGAACCAUGAGGAGGAUUGUCAUCCAGUCAGCAGAGUUCUCUCACUCAGGGGUGUACAGCUGUGAUGCCAUCGAUGAUGUCAUAAGAUUUAAUGUGGAAGUAGAGGCCCCACCUGCAAGGUUCUCACUGCUUCCUGAUUCUGAGAGAAGCAAGUCCAUUGAAGUUGGACAACCCAUUGUGCUACAGUGUGAGCUCUCAGACCCCACUGCCCAGGUCUACUGGUACAAAGAUGGAACAAAGCUCCAACAGCAAAGUGGUCUAAGCAUCCAGACAGAUGGCAAUAAGAGAACACUUGUUGUCCAGUCGGCUGAGUUUUGCCAUUCUGGGAUAUACAGCUGCAAGGCAAAAGGCGAUGCUGUCCAGUUCAAUGUGGAUGUCAAAGCUCCUCCAGUGAGGUUCUCAGCUAUCCCUGAGGCUGAGAGAAGAAAGAGCAUUGAGGCAGGCUGCUCCUUCAUGCUGCAGUGUGAGGUAUCCGACCCCACUGGCAACGUCCUUUGGCAUAAGGAUGGAACGCAGCUCAGUGUAAAAUCUGGACUAGAAUUCCAAUCUAAGGACAGCUUAAGGACAUUGCAUAUCGAGUCCACCGAACUGUCUGACUCUGGCAUGUACAGUUGUGCAACCAAGGAUGAUGCCAUCGAAUUUCAUGUGGAAAUCAGAGCUAAGCCACUGAGGUUCGCUGCUGUGUCUGAAGACGAGAAGAGCAAAUGCGUUGAAGCAGGCUGCCCUUUUCAACUGCAAUGCGAACUGUCAGAACCCUCUGGUACAGUCUGUUGGUAUAAGGACGGCAAAGAGCUUCUUCCCGAGAUGGGACUGGAUGCUCAGGCGGAUGGCACCAUGAGAAGGCUGGCAGUACUGUCGGCAGAGAUGUGCCAUGCUGGAAAGUACAGCUGUAAGACAUCGGACGACUCUGUCCACUUCACUGUGGAGAUCAAAGAAUUAUCCUCAGCUCAACCAGUGAAGCUCUCAGCCUUGCCGAAGGCUGUAAAAUGUGAAUUUCCUGAUGAAGGCCUCUCAGCUGGUAUAGACUGUGAGAUCUCAGACCCUAUUGCCAUGGUGUGCUGGCACAAGGACGAAGUAGAGCUCAUCUCAAAAACGGAACCUCAAAUCAAACCGGAGGGUUCAAGAACCGUGGUUGUCCACUCGAGACAACCCACUGGCUCGGGAAAGUACGACUAUGUGAAAGAGGAUGGUGUCAUCCAGUUAGAUGUACAAGACCAAGCACCGCCUGUGAAAUUUGAAGUGGCUCCCGAAGUUGAGAAGAUUGAGAGCAUUGACCCUGGUGUAACCACUGUGCUCCCAUGGGAGAACUCUGAAUCCACAGCUCAGGUCUGUUGGAACAGAGUUGGAACUGAGCUGCUGCAUGAAGCUGGAACUAUGAUUCAGCCCGAAAAUGCCGUGAGAAAAGUGACAAACCUUCACAUGGCUGAGCUAUCCCAGACAGGGAUAUGCAACAGUGUCACGGCAAACGAUGCCUUCCAAAUUAAUGUGGACAUCAAAGGUGCAGAGCCUACUCACUCUGAUCUGCUCAGUGAGAUAUCUGAUGACUCUAUCCCGUGCACUGUGGAAAGGAAAGCUCCCUCAAUGGAAAAUACCACACCUUCUGAAGUGGAGAGACAGAUAUCCAAUGAAGCAGAAAAUUCUGUAGUAGAGGAUAAUGACACUGGACGUCCUACUGCCGAGGUGGUCUUGUGCCGAGACGAAUUACGUGAUGAACCAGAUGUUCUCCAGCAAGAUACGGUGGAAAUGCAAUCACUUGGCACGGUGGAGGAAAUGGUGGUCGUACCAUCUAUGGUGUUUCAUAGAGAGGAGGUCGUCUGUGAGACCCCGGAGCGCACAGAACAGUCUCAUGAAGACGUAAAAGACACACAAGUGACAAUUGCAGCUGUCCCAGAGAUUGAGAGGAACAAAUCCACUGAUGCUGGCUGCCCAGUUCAACUACAGUGUGAGGUCUCAGACCCCAGUUCUCCAGUCUUUUGGUACAAGGAUGGCACUGAGCUCCAUCCUGAAAAUGGAUUAAUUAUCCAAUCAGAGACCCCCACUAGGAGACUCAUUACUCCAUCACCACAGCAGUCUCACACUGGAGUAUAUAGCUGCAAGACUGUGGAUGAUAUCAUUUUAUAUAAGGUGGAUGUCAAAGCUCCUCCACCGAUAUUUUCCGCCAUUCCCGAAGCGGAGAAGAACAAAUCCAUUGAGGCAGGCAGCCCUAUUGUCCUGCGAUGUGAAAUCUCAGACCCCACCACUGAAGUCUGCUGGUACAAAGACGGAGUGAGACUCCACCCGCAAAGUGGCAAUGCCAUCUUAUCGGAGGGCACUCUCAGAACUCUUGUUGUCCAUGCAGCAGGGCCAUGUCACGGUGGAGUGUACACUUGUGAGACUAAGGACACGGCACUCCAGUUUGCCGUGGACAUAAAAGCUCCACCAGUGAAGUUUUGUGCCAUACCUGAAGAUAAGCAGAACCGGUGCAUUGAAGCAGGCUGCCCUUUUGAACUCGAGUGCGAGAUAUCAAAUCCUGCUGCUCAUGUCACCUGGUACAAAGAUCGUAGAGAACUGGAACCCCAAGGUGAAAUUGAGACUCUGUCUGAGGGGGCCAAGAGAAAGCUGUCUGUCCCAGCAGCUGAGGUUCACCACACAGGGAUAUACACCUGCAAGACAGCAGACGAUGCCAUCAGAUUUUAUGUGGAUGUCAAAGUUCCAUCACCAAGGUUCAUACCACUUCCAGAAGUAGAGAGGAACAAGUCUGUCACAGUAGGCCAGCCAAUCGUGCUCAAAUGUGGGAUUUCAGACCAUAAUGCUGAGGUCAGCUGGUAUAAGGAUGGAGAACAGUUGUCUGGGAAACAUGGAGUGACUAUGGAGACAGAGGGAAACGAGCGAAAACUCAUUGUUGCAUCAGCAAGUCUUUCUGACUCCGGGCAAUACAGCUGUGCUGUUGCUGAUGAUGCCAUUUCAUUCAAGGUGGAUGUUCAAGCUGUUCCUGUGAGGUUCUCAGCACUUCCAGAUGUUGCAAGGAACAAGUUUGUUGAAGCAGGAUGUCCCAUUGUGCUACAGUGUGAGCUCUCAGACCCCACUGCCCAGGUUUCCUGGUUUAAGGAUGGAAAUCAAGUCCUCCCAAUAGCUUGUCUUGACAUCCUAUCAGAGGGCUCCUUCAGGACUCUGAUCAUCCAAUCAGCAGAGUUGAGUCACUCGGGAGCAUACACCUGUCACUCUGAGGAUGAUCGCAUAGCAUUCAAGGUGGAUGUUGCAGCACCUCCAGUGACAUUUGUCUAUGUCCCCGAAGAAGAUCUCCACAAGAACAUUGUGGAACAAGAAUGUCUCACCUUGUCAUGUGAGGUGUCAAGGGCUGAUGCCAUGACUCAGUGGUAUAAGGAUGGAGUUGAGGUGCAGCCUGAUGACAAUUCCUCACUGCAGACAGAGGGCACAGUACGCAAGCUUACAAUCCAGGCGUCACAGCUAUCAGACUCUGGAACAUAUACCUGUCGUGCAGGAGACAGCGUCUUAAUGUUUAAGGUCAACGUAAGAGAGCCACCAGUCAAAAUUGUGUUCCCAAAAGAAGAUGUCCACUUGGAUCGUCAUGUCCCAGAGGAGAUAGUGCUGAGUUGUGAACUCUCCAGGCCCAAUGCUUCUGUGACUUGGUUCAAAGAUGGCCAGAAGUUGCAGGAAAGUGAGAAUAUCAAACUGAAGACUGAAGGGCCAUACAGACGACUUAAGAUUCUGCGCAGUGGUGUAGAGGAUUCUGGGGAAUAUGUCUGUGAUACAGCUGAUGACAGAAUAUUCUUCCAGCUGAACAUAACAGAGCCACCUGUGCGUAUUAUAUCUCCAAGCCAGUCCCAAAUGGAACUUUGUCAGCAGACUGCAGAGCGGAUGGUGCUAAGUUGUGAGAUCUCCAGGGCUAAUGCAGUAGUUCGCUGGUACCGGGAUGGGCUUGAGGUGGAGGAAAACGAUAAUCUUAUUCUGGAGGUGGAUGGAGUCUACAGGAGGCUUAUCAUCCCAGAGACUACUGUUAAAGAUUCUGCUGAAUAUGUCUGCGAUACUGGUGAUGAUUCAGUCACCUUCUUUGUAAACAUUGCAGAACCCCCAGUGAGGUUUAUCCGUCCAAGAAAAAUGGCUUGUGGAGUGGACGUCUUUGUGGGUGACCCUAUUUUGCUUGACUGUGAGGUAUCAAGAGCAAAUGCUGAGGUGACCUGGAAAAAGAAUGGUGAGGAAAUUGAAGAAAGCACUAAGGUCACCAUAUUUGAAGAUGGUCUGAUUCGCCAGUUAUCCAUCCUGUCUGCUACCCUGGAGGAUGCUGGCCAAUACAUGUGCGAUGCAAAGGACGAUGUCAUGGACUUCCACGUCAGUGUCACAGAGCCACCUGUUCAAAUCCUGAGAAAAGACGAGAUAGUGACAGAAAGGCACAUAGUCGCACCUGAUGACAUUGUGUUGAAGUGUGAGUUGUCUUGCUCUGACGGAACUGUCGACUGGUACAAGGACAAUGAGCGGGUUGUGGAGAGUGAGCGCCUAUCAUGUGAGGCUGAGGGAGCGUUUCGAACCUUGGUCAUCUUAAACGCAGAGAUUGCUGAUGCUGGAGAGUACAUCUGUGAUGCAAAGGAUGACAAGGUUCAAUUCUCUGUUACAGUUGAAGAGGCACCAGUGACCAUUCUAGGAAAUUCAGAGCACCCUGAACAUCAUAGCCUGGUAGCAGGAGAUGACCUGAUAUUGGAGUGUGAGGUGUCUCGGUCUAAUGUGCCGGUUGAAUGGUACUGCAAUGGAAGGUUAUUGAACCCAGACUCGCGAACACACAUAGAAAGUCGAGAGACAGUGAGGAAGCUUGUCCUUACGUGCCUUGAACUCUCAGACGCGGGGGAAUACAUGUGCGAUGCCGCGGAUGACAAAAUGAUAAUCUUGGUGAGAGUCCAAGAACCACCGACAAAGUUUCUCAAUACAGAAGAAGAGAACAAGAUUGUCACCAGUGAGAAUGACAAGGUUACACUUUGUGCCAAGGUGAAUAAGGAGAGAGCCAAAGUUCGUUGGUUGAAAGACAAGGAGCCCCUCAUGGGCAGUCGUUUCAAAACUAGCACUGAGGGAAAGAAUCAUUACCUCGUCAUUGACCCAGUGAAGAAGUCAGACUGUGGUAGAUUUGUGUGUGAUGCAAUCACAGAUGAGAUGAACUUCACUGUGCUUGUCAAAGAACUAAAGGUGAAAUUUUCCAAGCCUCUGGAAAAUGCAAUCGGCCUCAAGGAUAGUGACCUCGUUUUGCGAUGUGAGCUCUACAAGCCGAGAGGAGAUGUCCAGUGGCUCAGGGACAAUCAAGAGAUAACCCCCAGCCACCACUUCACAAUCAGAGCCAAUGGCUGUGAGAGGAGCCUCACCAUACACAAUGUCACAUUGGAGGAUGCUGGAGUUUACACCUGUGAAUCCAAAGAUGAGAGGACAUGUGCAACUGUUGAAGUGCAAAAGCCUCGCAUUGUUGAGUUUAUUGCUGAGUUGCACAACAUUACUGUCAUGGAGGGAGAGGAUGCCACAUUUAGAUGUGUCCUGUCGCCGGAGGACGCUAAACUCGAGUGGUGCAUGAAUGGCAAGCCCAUUGUUGCAGACGAGAAGUUCACCAUGUCUAGCAGCGGCCUGUCCCACACUCUUCACAUUCAUAACUGCCAGGUCGGAGACACCUCCAGGGUAACUGCUGAAGCCGAAGGAGUGGUGUCCAAGGCCAGUCUUCGAGUGCAAGAGGCACAGGUGGUGUUUACCAAGAAUAUGGAGGAUGUCGUUUCUGAGGAGUUUGGGGAGGCCACGUUGGAGGUGGAGGUCAGCCUGGACUCUGGCGAGGUGCAGUGGAUGAGACACGGGCUAGUCAUACAAGUCGGGCCCAAGUUCACCCUGAAACAAAUUGACAGGAAACGUAGCCUGAUCAUCCACAAGCUCGUCCUCUCUGACCGCGGCACUUACAGCUGUGAAACGCUCCACGACCGCACACAGGCAAACCUCAGCGUGGAACCGAGAAAAAUAAAAAUUCGCAAAGGUCUGAGUGAAAUUCAGACUUUUGAGCGUGAGACAGCCUCAUUUGAGGUGGAGCUGUCCCACAACAACGUCGAGGCAGUGUGGCAGAAGGAGGGAACCCGCCUGAAGUCCAGCAGCCGUUGGCGCAUGAGCAGCAAGGGCCGUGUGCACGGCCUCACCAUCUCCAACCUCACCCUAGAGGACACGGGCACCUACUCGUUCUCCGCGGAGAAUGCUAGAUCGUCAGCAAGAUUAACUGUGAAAGAAACUCCAGUGACUCUUCUGAAAAAGCUUGAGGAUGUAAGAUUCCCAGAGGCCUCAGCGGUUACCAUGGAGUGUGAACUAUCAAGACAUAAUGUAGAGGUUAAGUGGACGAAGGAUGGUGUGGAACUGAAGCCUGGCAAGAAUCAUCGAAUUUAUUCCAUGGGGCGGAAGCGUUUUCUUCAGAUCUUACGCUGUGAGAUGGACGAUUCUGGUGUUUACAUGUGCGACGCUGGAGACACCAGCACUAGCUGCUCCUUGGAAGUAUAUGAACCUGAGCUCGAGGUCAUCCAGAGCCUGGAGGAUCUGGAGAUCCAGGAGGAUGAGAACGCUGUGUUCAUGUGUGAGCUGUCUCUGGACAACAUCCCAGGAGAAUGGUUCAAGAAUGGCGAGAAGAUCAAACCCACCAGCACCAUCAGGAUCCGACAGGAAGGAACCAAGCACUUCCUCCUGAUCUGCAAUAUCAAGGGAGAGGACUCGGGGGAGAUCAAAUUUGUUGCCAAAAAUAUUGAGUCUACAGCUUACCUGGAAGUAGAGGAACUCCCAGUAAAUAUAGUUCAACCACUUCAGGACAAAAUUGCUCUAGAAAAGAGCCGCGUCCUUCUGGACUGCACUGUGUCCAAUCCACGGUGCAGUAUCCGCUGGUACAAAGGCAGCAAUGUGGUCCUGCCAUCCGAGCGCUUUGAGAUCUGCAGUGAAGGCUGCUACCGGAAGCUUGUGAUCCAGCAGGUGGCGCUAGAAGACGAGGGAACUUACAGUGUCCAGGUUGGAGAUUAUUCGUGCUCCGCCAAACUGACAGUAGAAGCCCAGUCCCUGCUGAUGGUGCGCGAGCUGCAGGAUGUGGAGGUGGCUGCCCCUGACGAGGCCUGCUUUGAGUGCGAGGUCUCCAUGCCGGUGACCAAGGCCCCAGUGUGGACGCUCAAUGGGGAGAGCCUGCAGGCUGGCCCUCGGAUCCUGCUGGAGAAGAUGGGCACCGUCCAUAAACUCACGCUGAGGCAGACGUCAGUGGACAUGACCGGUCCUGUCCAAUUCACAUCCGGAAAAGCCAAGAGCACUGCCAACCUUGUGGUUAAAAGUGAUCUUUGAAAUAUGAAAUUGUUGCCGGCUAAUGUCCCUGAAGAGGAUCUGCAUUAAUAUAGAUUUUGAAAGGAUAUUCAGUUUUCUUACUCGUUAAACUGGGGUUGAAACUGAAAAUUCUGUCAAACGUGAUGACUUGAAUCUAUUAGAAUAUCAUGAACUGAUCUGCUGCGUUGCUUAAAUCAUCUGGAGAAGGGCACUACAUACACAAAGCAUCUGAAAAAUAACAGUGAGCCCAUGUGAGGGAUUCUCAAAAGGUUUGAAGUUUAAUUUCAAUCUUAAUUUUGUAUGUUUUGUAUUUGUAUUGAUAUGUUUAGGAUAAUCAAAAGAAACCAAACAUUAUUAUAUAAUUGUCAACAACUAAACUUGGUAUAUAUUUUAUUUUCAUUAUAUUUCAUUUAUUAUACAACAACAAUAUACCAUGAUAUUAUCCAGGUCUUCUCAUAUUUGAUUCUCAAUUUUUAGUUCUAUCCAAUGAUCAGUUAUUUUGUCAAAUGUAAGUUCAUUGAUUGAUGUAUAUUUGUAUUUUUGUCCUUUGUAUAGAUUUUUUAAAAGAAGAAUACAUAGUCUCUGGGAUGCAGGCUUAAGGGUAUUGUGAAGCAAGUCAAGGGGGGCCGUCUAGUUUGAAGCAUGCUAUGUACAUACAGCGGGCCAAAUGAAAGGUUAACUUAGAAUGGUUGAUAACUGAAACAUAUUACUUAUUAUAUCACGUGACUUUUCAGUUGCAUUUCACAAAUAAGUAUCGAGCAUGUACUAAUCAAUUAAGCUCUAUUCCUAUGUGGAAGCUGUCUUUUCUGAAUUCCAUUAUUAUCAUUUUGUUUCAAGCACCCUCAUAGUUCUGGAUUUAUUGCAUCUCUGACUGUUUCAUUUGUUUUGGAAGUAUCUUUCAAUAAAAGCUUUCUUCAGCCA